GACAAUGUUUUGCCUUUUUUACUUUCCGUUGCUGUGAUUGGAAUGUUUGAUCUUGUUGCAACUCGUAUUCGGUUAGCGUAAUGUGAGUAAUGUGUGUAUUGGGCAGAGAAGAUCUUUUUAUGAUGAGAAUCAUUACACUUUUAUUUACUGGAAGGAUUCUGGCGAGGCAUUGAACAAACAUGAUGAUGUUAACAACAUGCAUGUUUGUCUUUCUUGUUUCAGGUUGGAUCCAGAAACUCUUGAAAUCAAGACAAUCUUUAUUACCACAACGUGAACAAGAGGCAAAAAGGUCAACUCUCAGCAGUGUAUCAACGUCACCUUCAUCUACAUCCUCAUGCUGUUCUUCGUCAUCAUCAUCACUGGGGCCAACCCCUUCAAAACCCCCACAACCACACACUGCUCUGAACUCACCGCUGCGAUGGAACCGAGAGUAUGACAUGCUCGUGUGUCACAGCUCUGUGGACGGUGACAUUGAAGAGGCUGAACGCCUGGUCUCUUUCCUGGAGGCUCCACCCCGUAAUCUAAGGUGCUUUCUUGUGCACAGGGACUCCUGCCCAGGAGGUGCAAUUUCCACAGAGUUAUGCCAGGCAGUGCAGAACAGCCAUUUAAGGGUUCUGCUUAUCACUCCCAACUUCUUGCAGGAUGAUUGGUGCAAGUAUAUCAUGCACCAGGCUCUGGCGGAGGGGCCUAUGUCCAAUCAGAUUAUCCCCUUGGUUAAGAACCUGUCCAGAUCUCAGUAUCCUCAGGAGGUGAUGUUCGUCCACCCGAUUGACCUGAGCAGUAACCCUGACCCGUAUCCCUGCAUCCACAAGACUGUGCUCAAUUACCUGAAAGACCUGGUUAAAAAUGAGAAGACGCUUGAUUGCAACAUGGACGGCAGCUCUAGCCAAGGUAUAAGUGGAGAAGGCAGACCACACUUCAAUACCACAACUGAAGUGAAAGAGAAGAGAGAUGACAGCUUCAAUGAUGUUUGCUGUAAUCAUAAUCAACGGUCGCCUAAUUAAAGAUGAAGGACAAGUGUGUGGCUCUGAAUGUGAAACACAAACUCAACUUUAGUGAACCCUUCAUCACAACAAUUUGGAAUUUAAAAGAAAGUUACCCUACGGCGUUUCCUAAUUGUCAUAUGCAUAACCAACACUGUCUGUGUGUGUGUGUGUGUGUGUGUGGUGUGUGGUGUGUGGUGUGUGUGUGUGUGUAUGUGUGUGUGUGUGUGUGUGGUACAGAUGUUCAUACAGGAAACAGUUGAUUCCAAACACCACUGGAGCUUAUUUCCUGUAUGAGAUCGAGAGAAGCACUACAUGACCUAACAGCCAUUUGCAAUAACUGCUGUUAAUCACGAAUACAAGUCGUGGGAAUUUGUAUUCACAGUCUCAGCUUUUCACAUGCAAUUCACAUCAAUUA